AUGGCUUCCCGGAACCAGAACCGGCCACCGCGAAGUCCCUCCACGAUGCAUAAGAAAGGGGUAGGUGCUGAGGAAAUUCCGUCAGACAAGCGGAGAAGGAUUGGUGGUGAAAAAUUGGUGGGACUGGGUAGAGGUAGGGCUCCAUUUGGUGCACUCAACAACAAAACGGAAGUCAAUGAAGUUAGCAGCGGCGGUGGUGGUGGUUCUGAUGGAUCUGAAGGUAGCGUAGUUGAUUUCACUGAAGAGGAAGUAGAUGCGUUGUUGGAAGAGAGGAUGAAAAAGGGGAUUCCUCGAGAUACUAAAAAAAAAAUGGAGAAUAUGGUGGAUCUUAUCAAGAGACUUAAGCAAUGUGUAAGGUGGUUUAAGGGAAAGAAAGAAAAGCUUCAGGCAGAUCUUGAAUCGGCUGAAAAGAAAUGCAUUGAGACCGAGAAUGAGAUGAAAGCUAAGAUAGACGAAUUGGAUGAGGCUAUCUCAAAUUUGAGGACGACGAUUUCCUCUUUAGAAGAGAAGAUUGCAAAGGAUGAAUUAGAUAGACAGGAAGUGAUUGAAUGUUUUAGAAAAGAAAAAGAGGCCAGAAAUGCAGCUGAGCAGAUGAACAUUUCUCUUUCAACUGAACUUGAGAAAGUUUGUGAUGAGAAAUCAGCUAUUGAGCGGAAGGCCACUGCAACUGAGGACCUGUACAAACGAUCGCAAGAGUACAAUAUCAGUUUGCAGCAGUACAAUAGUCGCCUUCAGUCAAAUCUGGAAACAGUUAACGAGGCACAUAAACGACUGGAAACAGAGAAAUCAAGUAUUGUUGAGAACCUUAGCAAUGCAAGAGGCCACAAUAAGGCAUUGCAAGAGCAGCUGGCAUCUCUGAAAACUUCACAAGACGAGGCUACAAAGGGGAAAGACAUGUUAGCCAGUGAACUCAAAUUCCUCCGAGAUGAAUUAAAACAAGUUAGAGACGACCGUGAUCACCAAGUUGGACAAGUACAAGCUUUAACCGGAGAAGUAGCCAAAUACAAGGAAUAUACAGGGAAAUCAAGUGAACAACUGGAUACAUUGACGGUUAAAACAAGUGCUCUCGAGGAGAUAUGUACUUCACAAAGACAACAAAUAGAUAUGUUGCAGCAGCAGUUGACGGCUGAAAGAGAGAAGUUGAAGAUGGCUGAUUUAUCUUUUUCAGAAACAAGAGCAGUGUUUGAAAAACAGGAAACAGUUAUAAGUCAACUACGAGAUAGAUUGGCUGAAAAAGAAUUACAAGUAAUUGAAGGAGAGUCAUUACGAAAGAAAUUGCACAACACUAUUCUGGAAUUAAAAGGAAAUAUCCGUGUGUUCUGCCGUGUCCGACCUUUGUUACCGGAUGAUGGUCCUGCAGCAGACAUGGUAGUUUCUUUCCCUUCAUCAACAGAAGCUCUUGGCCGGGGCAUUGAAUUGGCACAGAGCGGGCAGAAGUAUUCUUUUUCAUUUGACAGAGUAUUUAAUCAAGAGGCUUCUCAGGAGGAUGUUUUCACAGAGAUUUCACAGCUUGUACAAAGCGCGCUUGAUGGGUACAAGGUUUGUAUUUUUGCUUACGGACAAACAGGUUCUGGAAAAACCUAUACGAUGGUUGGCAGGCCUGGUCUCCCUGAGCUGAAAGGCUUGAUACCGCGUUCACUUGAACAGAUAUUCCUGGUUAGUCAAUCUUUGAAAGAUCAAGGUUGGAAGUACACUAUGCAGGCCUCGGUACUUGAAAUAUACAACGAGACGAUAAGGGAUUUGUUAGCACCAACAGAAAAUCCUGGAAAAAAGUACAAUAUUAUACAUGAUGCCAAUGGAAAAAACACAUAUGUUCCUGACCUGACUAUUGUGGACGUGUGCGGCGCAGAUGAGAUUUCCACUCUCCUACAACGGGCUGCACAAAGCAGAUCAGUAGGAAGAACACAGAUGAAUGAACAAUCGUCACGAAGUCACUUUGUAUUUACUCUGCGCAUAAGCGGCAUUAAUGAGAACACCGAGCAACAAGUUCAAGGUGUGCUAAACCUGAUCGAUCUUGCUGGAAGUGAAAGACUUUCGAAAAGUGGAGCAACUGGGGACCGUUUGAAUGAAACUAAGGCGAUAAACAAAAGUCUUUCCUGUUUGAGUGAUGUCAUUUUUGCCUUGGCGAAAAAAGACGAUCAUGUCCCCUUCAGGAAUUCUAAGCUAACAACCCUUCUCCAGCCAUGUCUUGGUGGAGAUUCGAAGACUCUGAUGUUUGUAAAUAUUUCGCCUGACCCAACUUCAACAGGAGAGUCACUUUGUUCUCUUCGUUUUGCCUCAAGAGUAAAUAGUUGCGAGAUUGGUAUUCCUCGGCGCCAGACAUCCAUGAAGUCCUCCUCCGAUUCUCGUUUGAGCUAUGGCUAA